UGAGGUCAGUGAUUAUGGAGGCUCCUCCUGUCGCUGUGAUGCCUGUCACAGGUGGCAGUAUUCACAUGAUGGAGUACCUGCUGCAAGGCAGCGUGCUCGACCAGGCUUUAGAGAGCCUGCUCCACCGCCUGCGUGGUCUGUGUGACAACAUGGAGCCGGAGAGCUUCGUGGAUCAUGAGAUGGUGUUCCUUCUGAAAGGCCAGCAGGGCAGCCCCUUCAUCCUCCGAGCUAGGCACUCCCUGGACCGGCCUGUUGCCCCCUGGCACCUGCGCUACCUGGGUCAGCCCGAGGUGGGAGACAAGAGCCGCUACGCGCUGGUCCGCAACUGCGUGGACGUGUCAGCCUCCCACAGCCUCCACGACUUCCUACUGGAGAUGGGCUUCCGAAUGGACCACGAGUUUGUGGCCAAGGGGCACAUCUUCCGGAAGGGGGCCCUGAAAGUGGUGGUGUUUAAGCUGUUUCGAAUCCUCCUGCCGGGCAACACUGAGAACACGGAGCCCCUGUCCCUCUCCAACCUCGUGGAGCUCAGUGUCUUAGCCCCCGCUGGUCAGGACACCGUGUCUGAUGACAUGAGGAACUUUGCAGAGCAGCUCAAACCCCUGGUCCACCUGGACAAGAUCGACCCCAAGAGGCUGAUGUAGACACCUGCAGCUUUGGGGCGCUUGCAACAGAGGGUCACCAUUUAGUGAGUGCGAAAUUACAUUGGAUACGAUGAGGGGUAUUUGUAAGAUGUUUCCGUGUGUAAUGUUCAUGAGGUGGAUGAUCACCUUAUUAAGCGGAUAAGAAAAUCAGGUUUUCACGCAAGCAACAUGCAGUAUCAAAUACAAACUGCAGGAUUUAUCUUCUGAACUCUCUAAGUGUGUAAUAUUUGAAAUCCAAAAGAAAAUUGCUAAUUUAAUAAAAAGAAAAUACGUAGAGGUGUACCCUUUUCAGGUAAUUUCAUGUUUAGAUCUUGUAGUCCAGCAUUCAAUUAAUUGCAUUUAAAAUAAUACCUACCUUUCCCUUUUGAGAUCUAUAAUACAUAUUGGGAACUAUGAAGAAAAUAAUUUCUAUUUGAAAUGUAUUUAGAUAAUUAACACUAUUAUGUUGAUACCCCAUGCAAAGAAAACAAGUUACCCUUGAAAAGAAAUAAAUUCAGCACAGAAGAGUGUAAACUUCGAUUUGUUGAUGGGGUACAUGUUUGUCCCAGCAAUAAAAUAUUAGAAAGAAGUCAUGAUUUUAGUCUCUGUAUUGUAUUGAGGUAUAAUAGAAAAGACGAAAAGAGUCUUCUCAUCAUUAACAUUUGGCCAAAACAUCUUAUGAAUAUAAAUUUAUCAUAUCUAAUGUGUUAUAGUUGACCCUCUCCAGCAAUAAGCAGGAAACCAGGUUUUUAGAUUCUGAUUUAGACUUUGAAGGUCAAUUACAGCGUUCCAGGGAUUUAGUCCAAAUCAAGUGGACUAAAAUGCGGACUCGAAAAUCCUGCAAAUCUGUCUAACUUAAUCCUGAUUGUAGUGUGCCAAACAGAUGAUACUGGUAUUUGGUUUAACUGAUUGGAACAAGUAGAAUAAGUUAGACCGAUAAUGAGGACUAAUCUACAGCUAUAGCCAAAAGUUUUAACUAAUUUUGCUUCAUAAAAUUGAGUGAAACCUACUGAAUAAUGUUAGGUUCAUAUAUUAAAUUACAUACAGCUUUGAGUUUUCCACAUGCUUAACGAAAAAAUGACAAAAUAAAAAAGUCAUAUUUUGAAGUCUACUAUUAUGGCUUCCAGUAGCCUUUUGCAAUAUCAUUUUGUAGUUUCUUUGAUUACAUGAUGUCAGUUAAAUAAAACAUUGUCUCAAUCCUAAAAUUAUAGGUAAUGCAACCUAUACUUUGUCAGUAUGAUGCAUGUCUCUGCAAAAUAUUUUAAGCAGGAAAUGCAUUGGAUGAGCAAACGUAGUAAGAUAGUCGUGUCGUUAACAGUACUAAGUUAGUCCACUUGAACAGGACCACCACGAAUCUGAUUUGAUACGCUGCAAUCAGGAUCUUGUUUAGUCUGGUUUAGCUGCAGCUGACUCUUAAUAUCUGUGUAAAUGUGUUUUUGAUUAAAUAUUUUAGUAUCCCA